GAUCCGCAAAGCGGGUCGCCUCGUCCGUCAAAGUAAAGGAAAGGCGCGGCGGGCGGGUUUCGCCGCCGCGGACUGCUGUUUCUGGCGCACACGACACAUGGCGCUUUCCCGUCGUCCGUGACGCACAUGGCUUUGCCUGAAUGCGCGUUUUGCCAAAAUAACAAGUCUAGCGGCUGCUUGCGGCCUAGCCAGUACAAGGUCGCGCAGGCCGGUGCUCAGGACCUGGUGCUGUUUGAGCUGCUACCGCCCUUCGGCCCGGGCGCCCUGCUGCACCAGCAGCAGCAGCAGCAACAGCAGCAGCAGCAGCAGACGGGGGGUUGCGGCAGCAGCUGCGAUGGUGACGGCAGUAGCAGAGGUAGAGAUGGCGACGGCAGUAGCAGUAGCGCCGGGCUGCCGCCCUGCUGCCUGCAUCAGUGCUAUCACGACGUACACAGGCUGCUGCUUGAGGCCUAUCCGCAACGGGCGAGCGAUGUGUGGCGCUUCGUGUACCGGGGUCGGUGCCCCCUCACGGCCGAGCAGCUGCGCCACUCUGCCGGCGGCGACGGCGACGGCGGCGGCGACGGCGACGCCGGCGGCAACACAGCCAGCUUCGAGCCCUACCUGACCACCUGCCUGUGGCUGGGCGGGGAGGUGGUGGCGGCGGCGGCGCUGCGCCUCAACCUGCCGCCGCCGCCCUUGUCCGCGUCCUCAUCGGCGGCCGCAUCCACCAGUACUACUGGCGCCGGCAUUUCUCACGUCCAGAUUGUGCUCCAGGCCACGACGCCGCGGCUGCAGCGGCGCGGGCUGGGGCGGCUGCUGACGCGGUGUGUGAUGAGAGCUGCUGUUCAGGAAGGGCACCAGUACAUCACGGCAUUGGCGCCGCCUCCGCCGCCGCCCAGCAGCACGAGUGCCGCCACCGCCCCCUCAGCCGCCUCAACCACCACCUCAACCACCAUCUCAACCACCAUUUCAACCACCGCCUCAACCGCCGCCGCCGCCGCCUGCUUCCUGCGCAGCCUGGGGUUCCAGCCCGCCCCCGCCGCGCGCUACUCGGGUCUGCCACUGGCGCUGCUGCCGCUGGGACUGCACCUGGUGCUAGAGGCCAGCAGCCGCACACACCCGCCCUUCGACACACAGCAGCAGGGGGCAACAGGAGCAGGAAGGGGUGCAGGGGGCGCAGGCGGUGCGGGGGGUGCUGCGGAGGCGGGGGAAGCGGCGGGCGUGUGGUAUGCAGAGCUGCCGCACGAACCCGUGCUGCAGACGGCAUGUCUGACUGGCGACACUGCAGGCGCCGCGGAAGGAGCGGGAGGGGCGGCUGCGGCGGGAGGGGCGGCGGGCCGCGGCAGGGCCGUCGACAUGCUGGUGAAUGAGGCGGCAGCUCGCGUCGCGGCCGCGUUCCGGGGCGCUGCACUCUCUGUUGCCGCAACCUCGGCCGCAGCUGCGGCGCCGGACGUCGCACCGCCGCGGCUGCAGGGCGCGGUGGUGGCGGCGCAGGCGGACAACCUGCCGCUGCCGUGUGUGGGCCUGAUGGAGGCACAAGCACGACUGCCGCCGCAGCCGAUGCGGCAGGAGCAGCACCAGCCGCGGCAGCCGCCGCUGCUGCAACCUCACUUGCAGUUGCAGCAGCAGCAGCAGCAGCAGCAGCAGCAGCAGCCGCAUGUGGCACCGCCCCCGACGCCAGUCACCGUGCCGCCGCUCGCGCGUGGGAGAGUGGCGGCUACGGCGGCCGCGGCGGUCGCACCCGCGCCCUCCUCUGUACCCGUGCCCUCCCCUGCACCCGCGCCUUCGCCACCUCCAGUUGCAGUGCUUGUGGAGCAGCAGCAACAGCAGGAGCAAGGCGAUCAUGAGGCGGUUGGGCUUGUUGCACCCACGUCUACAGCUUCUGUGGUUGUGCGCAAGCGGCAGCAGGACCACAGCGAGCAGGAGCACAUGGAUGCACAUGGCGGCGGCGGCGGCAACCUGGGGGAGGAGGUGGAAGUGACGGAGGCGGCGGCGGCGGCGGCGGCGCAGCAGCAGCAGCAGCAGCAGGACCAGAGCGAGCAGGAGGACAUGGAGGGUGAGAAUGCCGGAGCGGGCGGCGGCAACUUGGAGGAGGAGGGCGGCGGCAACCUGGGUCAGGAGGUGGAAGUGACGGAGGCGGCGGCGGCGCUGCAGCAGCACGGGUGGCAAGACGCACCAGCGGCGGCGUCCGUUCCUGCCUGUGGUGACGACCCAGCGCGGUGUGGGGAUCCUCCGCUGCCACUGCCGCCGCCACCGGCUGCGCCAUCGCCACUGCCACCGCCGCCGCCACCGGCUGCGCCACCGCUGCUGCCGCCGCCGCCAAAUGCGCCAUCGCAGCCGCCAUCGCCGCACGCUGCCCCGCACUCCGCCGACAGCUACCGCAUACCCACACGCGCCGUGGAAGCCCUGUUUGGGCGCGAGGUCGCAGUCAGCGGCGUGCUGCCAGGGUGGAGCAGCAGCAGCAGCAGUGGCGGCGGCAGUGGCGGCGGCGGUGGCCCGCUGAGGCUGCCGCUGCUGGUGCCGCCGAACCAGCGGCACUGGGCCCCGGCGGCGACGCUGACGUGUGAGGUUAACGUCAGCAGGGCAGCCGCAGGAGAGCAGCAACAGCAGCAGCAGCAGGAGAAGGGGCCGCUGUGGCGAGUGGAAGGGCUGGGUGAGUGGAGGCGGCGGGUGGUUACGGGCCCCGGCUGGAAGCUGAAGUUCACGCCCGUAUGGCGGCAGCAGGAGUUGCAGGCGUGUGUGUGCGGCGUGGAGGCAGGGGACACUGCCGCUGGCGGCGGCACUGCUGCUGGUGACACUGCCUGCGGCGGCUGCACUGCUGGCGGCGGCACUACUGGCGGCGGCACUGCUGGCGGCGGCAGCACGGCUGAUGGCGGCAGCUGCCGCUGCGCCCUGGGCCGCGUGGUGGUGGCUGUGGAGGUGAGCGCGGUCGACACGUCGGGCGCCCGGCAACCCAACCAUCCAGCUACAGUCACAGCAGCCGCAGCAGCAGCGGAGCCGCAUCCGCACGUCACGUUUACGCCUGUUGCGACCACCUGGUCAUCAGGGGCGGCGGCUACGGAGGCGGAGGCGACGGGGGCGGCGGCAGCGGCGGCGGCGGCGGCGGCGGCGGCUGCUUCCUCGGCGAUUUCCCCGGCGGCGGCUUCCCCAGCGCCCAGCUCUGUCUCGGUUGCCGUGUCGUAUGCCACCACUGCCGCCGCCGUCAAUGCCGCCGCGGUCUCGGUCGCCGUGUCUGUUAGCGUCUCUGGAGAUGCGGAUGAGGUGGGGCAGGCGAGGCCGCCGCAGUUGGCGGCGGCGGCGGCGGCGGCGGAUGCGGCGGCGGGUGCGGCGGGCCGGUCGGAGGACGGGGAGGCGCAGUCGCCGGAGUGGCCGAAUGCUGCAGCCGCAGCGGAGGCUGCAGGCGGGCGGCAUGCGGAGGCCGCUGAAGGGGAGGAGCAGAAGGCGUCAGAGGAGGAGCAGGAGGCGUCAGAGGAGGAGCAGCAGGCGUCAGAGGAGGACGGGGAGCAGGAGGAGAAGCAGAAGCAGGCGGGGACGGGAGAGGAGGAGGAAGAGGAGGCGGAGGCGGAGGCGGAGGAGGCGCAGGAGGAAGCGGUCGAGGAGGAGCAGGUGGAGUCAGACAAGGAGUCAGAGGGGGAGCGCGAGGUGUCAGAGGAGGAUGGGGAGCGGGUCCCUGAGCAGGCGGCGGCGGCAGCGCGCAGUGCGGUGGCUCCAGUGGCCGGGCCGCUGCGGCAUGCCGCUGAGCCCGGCUGCAGCGCCGGUCGCCGCCACGGGCCCGCUGCACCAUCACCACCAGUAACAACAACAGCAGCAACAGCCGCCUUGUCGCCAGCCAGAGCGGCAGCAGCAGCAGCUGCGGCCGUGUCGGCGCCCAACGUGCAGGUGCUCACAAGGGCCUUUGCGGCCUUCAACUUCGGUCACUGUGGCGUGCGCUUCUCUCUGGUGCAGGCACUGCUGGGCCCCGCUGCCGCACGUGACCCCGCCACGCCGCCUGUGAUCCUGUACGACGCAGCCACACGCGCGCCCAUCUCAACCGGCGCCCGCCUACAGAUCCGAGCCGCAUCCAGCAGCAGCAGCGGCAGUAGUAGCGGCCUCAGCAGGGCCAACAGCAGCAGCGCCGAGGCUGUAGCAGCGGACGGGACUGGUGCUACUGCGGCGGCGGCGGCUGCGGCGGCGGCGGCGGCUGCGGCGGCGGCGGGGGCCGGGCCGCGGAAGCGGAGCCCCAGCUCCAAACGGCUGCCGCAGUGCUGGGAGGUGGCGGGGCUGCGCCCGUGGCUCAAGGCGCACCGCGCGGCUGAGGGCGACCGCCUCGUCUUCACAGCUGCUGAGCCGCCCGGCGCCAUCGCUUCUGCCGCCGGCUGCUGCGCUGAUCGCCAUCAGCAGCAGCAGCAGCAGCAGCAGCAGCCGUGCCCCAGCUGCUUGACGUGUGGCGGAACGGGACGUGCGCCGCGGCUGCCGCGCGUCUAUCUGCAGCUGGUGCGGGCGCCGCCGCCGCCGCCGCCGCAAGGGCUGCGCUCGGUAGCAGCUGGGCCUGCGGCGGCGGCGGCGGCGGCGGCUGUGGGCACCGCGGACGCGGGCAACCCGACUUCGGCUGGUGAGCCCACAGCUGGUUUGGGUGCUGGUGCUGGUGCUGGUGGUACUGGUGUGGCAUCUGCCGUUUCCGGAGCGGGUUUUGGAUGCACGGGAGGACGUGGCGGCGGCGUUCCGGCGCCAGGUGGCGUCUUUGAAGGGGCCCGCACCGAGGCAGCUGCGGCGUGUGCCGCAGCCGCCGGUGCAGCUGCAGCUCUAAAUGUCAGGCCGCUGCCAUCACCGCCGGCUGCAGCUACUGCUGCUCCUAAUGCUGCUGCUGCUACUGCCGCUGCUCCUGAUGGAGCGGCGGCGGUCAGUGCCAGCAACCGCCUGGUGGUGGCGGCGGCCCAACUGGCGGUGGCAAGGCAGUUGGAAGCCACAGCCGCGACCGCGGCGGCGGUGGCGCGCGCAGCUGCCGUCGCCGCAGUGCGGGCGAGAGCUGCGGCUACUGCCAGUGCUACUGCUACUGCCACUGCUACGGCCAACGCUAUUUCUGCUGCCCACGCUACUGUGUCUAGCGCUGGCGCGGCUUUUACGGCCAGCGCUGCCGCGGCCGCUUCCACGACUGCCGGCGGCAGCACUGGGGCCGCCGCGGCUGCUGCACCUGCGGCUGCUGCACCUGCGGCUACUGCACCUGCGGCUGCUGCACCUGCGGCUGCUGCACCUGCUAUUGCUGACCGCGACCGUGCACCCAUCACCACCGCCACGCCUUGUGUGCCGCCACGCCGACUUGGUGCCGUGCCUGCUCGUGCGGCGGCGGCGGCGGUAGCGAGGCCGGCAGUGGCGGCGGCGGCGGCAGCACAGCGGCACAGCGGCGGUUCAGAGGCGCGCUUGCGGCAGGUGCCAGCGGGUGCGCGGGCGACGGGCGCGACCAAGAGGGCUCACGAGCAGCCGCAGCCGCCCCAGCCACUGCAAGCGCCGCCGCCGCCGCCGCCGCCGCACCAGCAGGACGCGGACGCGGACGGCGAUGACCCGGUGAUGAUGCUACUGCCGUCGUCGCCAAAGCGGCCCAGGCUACUGCCGGCGCGUAGCUCAAUUGUGCCGACGGUGUCGCUGGAGCUGGAUGAUAGGCUGCACACGGAACCGCUGCCGGUACAGCCCGCCGCAAGGCCGCAGCAACAGCAGCAGCAGCGGCAGCAUCAAAGCUCCUCGUCACCGCCGCAGACGCCGCAGCCGACGCAGGCAUUGCGACGGCAGGAGUCGCCAGCAGUGAUGCCGUACGACGGCAUGGGUGCCGCACGCAGCCCCUCCCAACAGCCGGCGGCCCCUCCCCCGCCGACCCAGGCCCCAGCACUGCUGCAGCCGUCGGCAGCCGUACUCACCCUCGGGCUCGGCGGCAGCUGUGGCAUUCCAAGGGCCGCGAUGGCUAGGGGCCGCGGCGGCGGCACGGCGCGGCCUUUCGGCAGCUUCGGUCAAGUCACCACUGAGGUCACAGGCCAGACGCACGUGUCGUCUCAGCUGCUGGAGCAUCAGCCGUGCGCCGUCCCCGUGACCGGCCCCAGCCCGCCGCUGCCGUACUCGGGUUUCACGCAAGCAGCCCAGACGCAGCCGCCUGCUGUGGGACCUGCGGCUGGGGCUGUAGCAGCUACAGCCGGCGGCGGCAGCGAGCCCGCACCUGAAUCGGCAGCGGCGCCAGCCAGUCAGGCGCCGCUACAGCAUCAGGUCGUGGCAGUAGCACAGCCGCAGCAAGUGGUGCCGCGCCAGACACCUGAGCCGGCUACGGCUGUAGCAGCUCGCCGCUCGCCGCAGCGGGUGGCGGCGCACCUGCAUGAGGCUGCUGCACCACUCGACGGGGCGACAGCAGCGGCGGCCGCGGCUACUGCGCCGCCUGCUGGCGCCAAAGCCGCAGGCGGCGCCAGGCUGGUCAAGCGAGAGGGCGUGCGGACCGCCUCCUCCUGCGCGGGAGCUAGCCCCGCCACCAGUAGCAGCAGCGAAAGCCACGGCACCAGCGGGCUUGGCGCGAAGGAGAUGCCUACGGCUGUGCAGCCGCCGGCAAAGCCGCUGUUGACCACGACAUCAGCAGGCGCCGCCGCCAGGCGCCGCCCCGUCUGCCGUGUUGGCCUCAGAGGUGUUGGAGCUGGUUGGGAGCCCGUUUCGCCGGCUGCGAUGGCUGCGGCGGAGGUGGCGGCGACGGCGGCGGCCGUGGAGGUGGUGGUGCAUCAGCGCAAGGCGAUGGGCACGGUCGUAAAUACUGAUCUGGACACAGCCCUGACCACCUCGCCAGCUACUGCUGCCGCUACUGCUUCCGCUACUACUGCUGCUGCUGCUGCUUGCAAGGGCAUGGGUCCAGCACGCAGUAGCAAGGGCACUGCUGGCACCGGUAGGACCGCACCGUCGACUGCUGCACCUGCCAUCAAGCACUCAGCAGCAGCUGCUGCAAGGGGCCUUGCCACACGUCCACCUUUGCCAGCAGCCACUUCCCGUGCCCCUGCUGCCGCCGCCGCUGGUGUUGGUGGUUUCAGUGGCAGCAACCGCAACACUACAGGCGGCAUCAAGCGCUCUGCCUCUGACUUCUCGGAUGACAUACAGCCAGACACUACCGCCGCGGCGGAUGAUGUGCCGCUCGCAAGCCGGCAGCAGCGCCUGCGGCAGUCGCUGCCGCCACAGCCGAAGCGCCCCAAGCUGCAGCCCACGACGCCGCGCAUAUCGGCGCAGCGUCUCUCACCUUCGCCGCCGCCAUCGCUGCAGCCGCAGGGAUCGCAGAUGCAGCCGCAGCUGCGUGUCAUGCGGCCACCGCCGCCGCCUCCUGUCGGCGGCGGGCAGGAACCCGUCGUUGUAGCAGCCAGCGGUCCGAACCAGCGGCAGCAGCAGCAGCAGCUGGGCGGUGGCGGUGGCAGCGACGGCGACAGAUUUGCAGCUACAGGGGAGGCGGUGGCGGCGGGCGGCCGGCAGGCGCUGUCUGCAGCCGCUGCGCCGGCGCUUGCUGAGCCCACACCGCUACAGCUGCUGCCGGAGGCGCUGGCUGAGCACUACCCCAAGGUCUUCAAAUUGAUGAUGGCUGUGUGGAAGCAGGAGCAUCAGCACCAGCAGCGGCGGCGCGAGGGAGAACCCCGCCGAAGCAGCCCGUUCACGGCCACUGCUGGCAGCGGUGGUGGGGCAGGUGGAGGAGGCGGAGGAGGUGCUGGCAGCGGCGGCGGUGGCGGCAGCGGCGGCGGCGCGGCGGUGCAGGCUCAGCCGCUGCAGGUGGUGCAGCGCUACGCGGACAGCACCGGCUUGCAGUUGGAGACGGAGUUCGAGCGGCGGCGCCAACAGCGCCCUCGCCCUGCAGCUGCGGCCGCGGCCGCGACCCUGGCGGCGGCGGCUGCCGCUGCCGGCGGCUCGGCUGGCGGCAAUGCCGACGGUGGCGGUGACGGUGAAGGCGGCGGCGGCGGCGGCGGCAGUCAGGACGAGGUCGAGGUCUACACGGCCACACUGCGGCUCACCCCAAGGAGCAUGCCGGGCCAAGCCACCACCACGGCCACUGGGCAGGAGUCGCCGUGCAAGGAGAUGGCAAGGCAGCUGGCAGCGGCGGCGUGCCUGCAGCUGCUGCUGCUAAGCGGCGUUGAGCAGAGCGUGCUGUGGCCGCGGCCCAGGACGACACCGCCGCAGCCGCCAUCGUCCGCGGCACCGGUUGCCGGGGCGGCGGUGGCGGCUGCAAAGCCAGCAUGGAGGCGGGCUCCUGGCGGUCUCUGGCACCCAGCCGACAGCACCACCGCCACUGCUGCAGUCCACACCGCUGCAGCCUCGCCAAGUGGUCCCGCCGGCUGUGGCGGGGGCGUAGGCGGUGGUGGAGGUGGAGGUGCGAUGGCAGGCCAGGGCUAUGUGGGCGUAUGGCACGACGGGCCGCCGCUGCCGCCGCCGCCACCACCGCCGCCACGGAAGCAGCGGAUGUCGCAGCCGCCGCCACCGCCAGCACGGAAACAGCAGCAGCCGCCGCCACCACCACCGCCACCACGGAAGCAGCCGCCGCCGCCGCCACAGCAGUGGCAACAGCCGGCCUGCGCCAGUGAGCCGCUAUGCGUAGGCGGCGAGGAAGAUAAUGGCGGCGCACCCGGCGGUUGGGCCGCUGUCGACAUGGACUCCGCUGCUGCGGCGGCGGCGGCGGCCCUGGUGCCGCCGCCUCCAGUGCCGCCCGCCUACAUGCAGCCCAUCAUGCUGGACGCGCAGCAGCAGCAGCAGCAACAGCAGCAGCAGCAGCAGCAGCAGCAGCAGCAGCAGCAGCAGCAGCAGCAGCAGCAGCAGCAGCAGCAGCAGCAGGCUGCCAUGUUCCACGUGCAGCAACAACAGGCCUUCGUAAUGCAGCAGCAUCAGGCCGUGAUGAUGCAGCAGGGUCAGCAGUAUGCGUAUGCGGCGGCCAUGAUGAGGAUGGGCCCGCAGAUGGGAGGUCACAUGGGGGCCCAGCUGCGCGGCUGCAUGGGAGGUGAGAUGGGUUGGCAAAUGCAGUAUGAGCACCCGUUCGGCGGGGCGUUCGGUGCUGGCGUCGGAGGCGUCGGUGGUGCCGGUGGUGCCGGUGGUGGUGCCGGUGGUGGCACCGCCUUCGGUGGGUUCGGCGCCUUUGGCGGAGCGGGCCUGGCAGGCUGGGUGGCGGGCAUGGGUGGCGGUAUGUGGUGAUUUGACGUGAGGGGCAGCGGCAUUGGACGGGACGUGGGGAAGGAUUGUUGUCUGUAAGCCACGUGGAGGAGGACAGCGCGGCGCCGCCCGAGAAGCUGCGCUGGCGCGCGUGUCUGGUUAGCGGUCUCUGCUGGCGAGCAUAGCACAGCACAGUAUGUGGUAGGCCGUAGCAGUGAGGAGUGUUGUGGCUAGGGAAUUUCCUGCUGUUUGGCUGAUUGCUUGGCAGGGGGACGUGGCUAGACGCAUGGCGGGCCGUGCCGGUAUGAACCGACCCCGGCUAUGUCCGGGAGGGAGGUGCACGCUUGCGGCCUCAGACUAGAGACGUGGCCUGGGCGCAGCCCACGUUUCCCAUGCGAGGGGAAACCACAUAUCUUGUCUGUGAGAAUAUCUUGUGCUGCAGGGGUGCAAGCCUGGGUGCUGCAGGGGUGCAAGGUACACUACCACUUGCGCGGUAAGAGUACAUGUUGAGCAUGUUGCAUGGGUUUGGCCCUGCUGCUGAUUUCUUUAUUUUCAACUACCAGGGAAUCAGUUUUAUUUCGCUUCUGGAGGAUUGUCACAAGGGGCAUGUAUGGGCCCGUUGGCUUGUCGCAUACCGUACAUAGUCAGACCUGAGCGCAUACAUACAACGGUCGCAAGGUCUGUGGUGAAGACGCGUGCAAUUAUACGACAAUGCGUUGCAUCCAUUCGAUGCAGCAGCCAGCAUGAUGGCACAUAGCGCGCAUAACUUGUGCACUGGUGCAUACACGUACUGCUGUCAGAGACAUUCGACGGCGAUGCAGUCUUCAGUGUCGUUCCGUAUGGCGCGCGUAAGUACCGGAGUCCGUAUAGUACCGGUGGGUGGCUCCCCUCUGUAUAUCUUGUGCGUGCAGGGGUUCCUGUGAACCCCUGCGUGCGUGAGUCAUGCGAUGUCAUCAGAGUUCAAGGAGUGCCCCUACGGUACCGUAUGCACAUUCCGUACAUGUGUAGGUUCGCGCACGCACCAAACUUAUCAUACAUGCACUUUAUAGCUGCAAUGGGUUGGUUCGCACAUGCCACAUGUUCGCUUUGCUACAGAGCCAGAGCCUAGACCGCGAAGGUUGUAUGUUCAAGAAAUUGCUGAAUGGGUGUUGCAAAGUUGCAAGGUUUUGUAAUGCAUGAUCACGCACAGAAAAAGA